AUGCGAAGUGUUGCAGCUCUUUCCCUGGCCGCUGUUGCCACUGCUACCUCGUUCAACACCGAGACCAUCCAUGGCAACUCGGCGCCUGUUCUGAGCAGCAUCGAUGCCGACCAGAUUCCUGAUUCCUACAUCAUCAAGUUCAAGGACCACGUAGAUGACGCAUCAGCCACCAACCACCACUCCUGGGUCCAGACCCUCCACCAGGGCUCUGACGACAACAACUAUGAGCUCCGCAAGCGCAGCUUCGAUGACAAGGAAUACGCUGGUAUGAAGCACACCUUCUCCAUCGGCAGUGCUUUCAAGGGCUACGCCGGUCACUUCCAUCCCGACACCAUUGAGGAGCUCCGCAACCACCCUGAUGUCGAGUACAUUGAGCGGGAUACCCUCGUUCACACCAUGCUUCCCGUCGAUAGCAAGAACGCCGUGACCGAGGACAAGUGCGAUGGUGAGACCGAGAAGCAGGCUCCUUGGGGUCUUGCGCGUAUUUCGCACCGUGACACCCUUGGUUUCGGUACCUUCAACAAGUACCUAUACACCGCCGAGGCUGGUGAGGGUGUCGAUGCUUACGUUAUUGACACUGGUACCAACGUUGACCAUGUCGACUUCGAGGGCCGUGCCAAGUGGGGGAAGACAAUCCCCGCUGGCGAUGCUGACGAGGAUGGCAACGGCCACGGUACUCACUGCUCUGGCACAAUCGCCGGUAAGAAGUACGGUGUUGCCAAGAAGGCCAACGUCUACGCUGUCAAGGUGCUCCGAUCCAACGGUUCCGGCACCAUGUCCGAUGUCGUCAAGGGUGUUGAGUACGCCGCCGAGGCCCACGCCGAGCAGGUGAAGCUGGCCAAGGACGGCAAGCGCAAGGGCUUCAAGGGUUCCGUUGCCAACAUGUCUCUUGGUGGUGGCAAGACUUCUGCCCUCGACGCCGCCGUCAACGCCGCUGUCAAGGCCGGUGUUCACUUCGCCGUCGCCGCUGGCAAUGACAAUGCCGACGCUUGCAAGUACUCUCCUGCUGCUGCCGAGCUCCCUCUGACUGUCGGCGCUUCCGACCUGAGUGACGACCGUGCCUACUUCUCCAACUACGGCAAGUGCACUGAUAUCUUUGGCCCUGGUGUCAGCAUCCAGUCGACCUGGAUCGGUUCCAGCCAUGCCAUCAACACCAUCUCUGGUACCUCGAUGGCCUCCCCUCAUCUGGCUGGUCUCCUGGCCUACUACCUCUCCCUUCAGCCCGCCGGUGACUCCGAGUUCGCCGUGGCUCCCAUCACCCCCAACGAGCUGAAGAAGAGCCUCAUCUCCGUUGCCACCAAGGGUGCCCUGAGCGGACUGCCCGACUCUGAUACCCCCAACCUGCUCGCCUGGAACGGUGGCGGUUGCAGCAACUACUCCAAGAUCAUCGAGGCUGGCAGCUACACCGUCAGCUCCCGCCCCACCAACGUAGAGAAGCUCGAGGAUGUUGUCGAGAAGAAGCUCCACUCUGUCACCAAGGAGGUUGCCAAGAACGCACACAACUUUGCCAACAAGGCCGAGGAGUUCGCCGACCGAGUUCACGAUGUUGUUGAUGAGGAGAUCAGCAAGUUCCUCUCUGAGAUCUCUAUGUAA